AUGGCUAAAUGGUUUUUGACUCUGGCAGUAAGUUUUUGGUUAUUAAAAAGAUCUAAAACUGCACUACCUCACCACAACAACACUUCAAUGCCUGGGAAUAUCGUCAUUUCAUCGAAACUAACAUCAAUACCGGACAGAUUGAGCUACAUUUGGACAUCUACACGUGAUGUCGUAUUAAGAAAAUGUGCAAUGUCUUCUAAAUAUCGUUAUGGCUUGGAGUUUAAAAUAAAGAAGAAUAAUCUACACUUAUUCCUGCUAAUAUUAUUAUCUGGAGACGUUGCUACAAAUCCAGGACCUGGAACUUCGACUGAACACACUAGUAAUGAACUCAAUGCCAUUUAUCUGAACGCGCGAAGUCUUAAAGCUUUUGUGCCAUUUAAUGAUGAUUCUUCUGCUAAAGUCUGCAAGAUCACUUUGUUACAGGAACUAGUUCAUAGUGGGUCCUAUGACAUCAUCUGCAUUUGCGAAACUUGGCUCAAUGACUCAAUUAUAAGCAGCGAGCUGCUGCCUGGAUAUAGUGUCUUUCGCCGAGAUAGAGUUGAAAAGGUUGGGGGCGGAGUGCUUGUUGCCGUGAAAGCCAAUCUGCAUGCGACUAGACGGCCAGAUCUCGAAAGAAAUGAAAUCGAACUAGUUGUAGUGGAACUUAAUAACACGAACAGUAAACCUGUAAUCCUGUAUACGUUUUAUCGUCCUCCUGUUUCAGGCCCCGAAGUUUUCCAUCACCUUAGUUCAUCACUUCAGAAUACAAGCGAAUCUAGCUGUAUUGUUUUGGUAGGAGACUUCAAUCUUCCCGCACUUGACUGGACUACAUUCGAUGAACAAAUCCCUACUACGGCCGGAGGUCAACUGGAAAACAGUUUCUGCGAUCUGUUUGAUGAUAAUUUCCUACAGCAAUUCAUUCUUGGUCCUACCCACAACUGUGGCAAUAAACUUGACCUUCUUAAGUAA